AGCUGCUCGGAGCCAGUGAUCCCGGUUAUCCCGGUGCUGAUCCCGGUUAUCCCGGCAGUGAUCCCAGUUAUCCCCGUUAUCCUGGCAGUGAUCCCGGUUAUCCUGGUUAUCCCGGCAGUGAUCCCGGUUAUCCCGGUGCUGAUCCCGGUUAUCCCGGUGCUGAUCCCGGUUAUCCUGGUGCUGAUCCCGGUUAUCCCGGCAGUGAUCCCGGUUAUCCCGGUGAUCCCGGCGAUCCCCAGGGAGGCUCCAGAGGGACGAUGGCGCUGCGGGCGCUGCCGCUGCUGCUGCUGGCCGGGCUGGGAGCGGUGAGGAUGGAGCAGAGCGGCCCCGGAGGCGGCGCUCCCGGGCUGCAGCGCCGGUACUCGGAGGCCACGCUGGCCAGCGACUACAGCCGCACCAUGGACCACGUGCUGGGCAAGAACUUCGUGGAGUGGCUGCUGGCCCGGCGCGAGAGGAAAAGCCAGGACAUCGCGGAGCCGCUCAGGAGAGAGGCCGAGCCCCAAAAAACGCCGGAGAAAUUGGAUUUGGGAGCUCCGGGAGCCACAGAAUUCCUGGCGUGGCUCUGGAAAAACCAGGAAAACCAGAGUUUUCCGGCUCUGGAAGGUUCUGAGGGUCUGAGGGAAUUCUUGGAGCAGGAAUUCCUGACGUGGCUGAUGUCGGGAGAGCUCUGCAGGGCCACGACCACGUAGCUCCAGGACUUUCCACAGAAUUCCCUCCUCAUCCCACGGACACGGGAGGAGCAGAAGGAUUUUUGCCCGUGGGGCGUUUUCCUGGUGAAAUAAAAGAUUUUAAUUCCAA